GGACAGAUGGUCACAGUCUCUUUCUGGUCCUCCUCCUUGGUUACAGGGGAAACUCUUUGUUUACUAUUGUUUGUUUUUCCAAUGGCUGCAGGAGAGAUAAGAGAAAAUGUCUGAACAACUGGAACAAAUUGGUAUGUCGGUGAGUUCAGCGGAAGAAAACACAUCACCACGUCAGGUCAAGGCUAGUGAACAGCCACAUGGAUUGUGGAAACAAUGGGAAAAGCCCUUAGGCAUGAGAAUGGAUGAGUCCACCCUGGGCGGAGAAAACUGCAAGGACCAAAGCGAAAUCUUGGCCAAGUGGGAGACAGAAAAAGAUGAGGGACUAGUAAUUUUAACCGAAAGUGAAAAGAGUGCAGACUUCAUUACUUCUGGGGGAACCCUUAGAGCAAUGAAACUGUAUAGAUGUUCAGAUGGUGGAAACUCCUCCUGUAUGAACUCUGAAGAUAAUUGGAAUCAUAAUGCAGGGGGGGAAACUAAGGAAUCCUUCAGUAUGAAUUCUGGCUUUAUCCAACAUUACAGAACCCACACAGGAGACAAAACAUAUGAAUGCUCGGACCAUGGGAAUUGCUGCAGAACAAAAAGCCGGUUGGUUGCACAUCUGAGAAUGCACACAGGAGAGAAGCCACUUACAUGCACCAUCUGUGGAAAAAGCUGCUCUCAGAAAGGAAAUCUCACUAUUCAUGACAGAAUGGACACAGAAGACAAAAUGUACAAGUGCUCAGAAUGUGAGAAAUCCUCCUGUAAUAAUGCUGACCUUGGAUAUCACCAAAACCAGACAGGGGAGAAUCCAUAUAAAUGUUUAGAUUGUGGGAGAUCCUUCACUAUGAACUCUGACUUUAUUAGACAUUACAGAACACAUGCAGGAGGAAAGCCACAUAAAUGCUCAGACUGUGGUAAGACCUUUGAUAAAAAAAUUAAAUUAGAAGCACAUGUGAGAAUCCACACUGGGGAGAAACCGUAUAAGUGUUUGGUCUGUGGGAAAAGCUUUGCUCAAAAGGGAAAUCUUGUGGUUCAUGUGAGAAUCCACACUGGGGAGAAACCGUAUAAGUGUUUGGAUUGUGAUAAAUCAUUCACUGUGAAUGCAGACCUGAUUAGACAUCACAGAAUACACACAGGGGAAAAACCGUAUGAAUGCUCACAGUGUGGGAAAUCCUUCAGGACACACUCUGAAAUGUUUAGACAUCAGAGAACCCACAUAGGAAACAAACCAUACGACUGCUGGGAUUGUGGCAAAACCUUCAGUCAGGAGGCCCACCUAGUUUCACAUAUGAGGAUUCACACUGGAGUGAAACCAUAUAAACGCACAAACUGUAGGCAAAGUUUUGCCCAGAAAGGGAAUCUUAUUCUCCACCAGACAACCCAUACAGUAGACAAGCCAUAUAAAUGCCUGGACUGUGGGAAAACCUUCCUUGUGAAAUCUAAACUAAUGGAGCAUCAGAGACUUCACACAGGAGAGAUGCCGUAUGAAUGCUCGGAGUGUGGUAAAAGCUUUACCCGGAAGGGAAGCCUCCUUACCCACAUGCAGUUCCAUUCAGAUAAGAAGCCAUACGAAUGCUCUGUUUGUGGGAGGUCCUUCAUUAUGAAUUCUGAUCUCCUUAGACAUCAGAGAACCCACACAGGAGAGAAACCAUAUAAAUGCUCGGAUUGUCAUAAAAGCUUUAGUCGGAAAGAUGGCCUCCUCAAACAUGUCAUAAUUCAUGCUGGAACAGAAUUGUGCAUUCAGGAGAAGCCCUAUGAAUGUUUGCACUGUGGCAGAAGUUACAAUUACAAACAAAACCUCAUUGUCCAUCGGAGAACUCACACUGGAGAAAAAAGAUAUAAAUGCCCAGACUGUGAUAAAGUCUUCAAUACAAACUCUGAACUUACUAAACAUCAGAGAAUGCACACAGGGGAGAAACCAUACAAGUGCUCAGAUUGUGGGAAAAGCUUUGCUCAGAGAGGAGGCCUAGUCGUCCAUAAGCGAACCCACACUGGAGAGAAGCCAUACAAAUGCACAGUUUGUGGGAAAUGUUUUAGUCUGAGCUCUUGCCUAAUUAGACAUCAUCAAAUCCACACAGGGGAGAAACCAUAUCGAUGCCCAGACUGUGGUCAGUGUUUUACUCACAAAAGAAACCUUGUCAAACAUGCAGCAACCCACCAAGAGGAGAAGCUGUAUAAAUGCGCAGACUGUGGAAAAAGUUUUGGUAUCAGUUCCCAUCUUAUUCAGCACCAGCAAAUCCACAGCGGAGAGAAGCCGCAUCAAUGUUCAGAAUGUGGGCAAAGUUUCACUCACAAAAGAAACCUUGUGGUACACAUGAGAAGUCACACAGGAGAGAAACCCCACAAAUGCCUCGAGUGUGGGCAAAGUUUCCCUCUCAAAAAAAAUCUCGUCAAGCACAUGGGGACACACAUGGGGGAGAAGUCGCAACAAUGCACAGAAUGUAGAGAAAGUUUCAGUGAUCUUCUUGUUCUUACUAAGCACCAAAGAAUCCACAUGGAAGCAGUCUCCCUCUUGGGAUAAAAUACUUGGUUGACGCAUGAACAUUUACUGCACAUUAGAUAAGUUGUAUUGUAGAAUACUAUUGUAUUUUUCCCCCAUGGACCACUUAAAAAUUGUCAAGGGCCUUGGUGGACUACAUGAUUUUUCUGCCUGCUGUAGCAGUUGGUAAGGUGCCAUGCUGUCUGAUUUUUCAUUGAAUCAAGGUUAAGCUUCUUAAUUCCAUCCUCCCAUUAACUUCGCUGCUAAUCCUCUCCACUCCUUUCAAGUGCCUCCCCCCCCCAGUCAUUUCCAGUCCAUCCUGCUCACCUGCAGGGCAGACUGCUGGGUUGUAAGAAUGAUGGAGCAGCUGCUGUGCCUGCUUUUCACAGCUGCUGCUCCUGCCGCUCUUCACAGACAAACCAUGGACUGCCUAAAUGCAGCUUGCAGAUCACAGUUUGUGAACCCUUGUUGUAGAAGAUGCAUAGAAAGAGCAAGGUUAUUAGAAAACCAUUAGAAAGUAUGACAUCUGCUUCUUAUAUACACGCACAUACGAUGUACACAUAGGCCAAUCUGCUCUGUACAUUUCAAGCACUAUGAUGCCACUUUAAACAGUCAUGGCUUCCUCCCAAAGAAUCCCGGGAACUGUAACUUGUGAAAGGUGCUGAGACUGCUAGGAGAUCCCCCGUUCCCCUUACAGAACUAUAAUUCCCAGAGUUCCCUCAAAAGAGGGAUUGAUUGUUAAACCACUAUGAGAAUUAUUGCUCUGGGAGGGGACUAGGGGUCUGGGUGUCCUUGGGCCAGUCACUGUCUCUCAGCCUCAUGAAAACCCUAUUCAUAGGGUCGGCAUAAGUCGGAAUCAACUUGAAGGCAGUACAUUUUUUUAACUAGGCUCAGCACUGUUAACAAACUCCAGUACCUAGGAUUCUUUGAGGGAAGCCCUGACUAUUUACAGUGGUAUCAUACUGCUUUCAAUGCAUAAUGCAGAUGGGGCCUUGGGAUGGAGGGGGCAUUUCACAAAUUUUAAACUAUGCAUAUGCUAUUUUCUGGCUAACCUCACAAAGUGGUGUACCUAAAAAAAACAUUAAAGCAACAAGCAUCAAUUAAACUGUAGAUCUGCAAGGGGGAUAGGGACUCUUCUAAGAACUCUCAGCACCCUUAACAAACUACAGUUCCUAGGAUUCUUUGUGGGAAGCUGUGACUUUUAAAGUGGUAUCAUAGUGCUUGAAACGUAUGGUGCAGAUGCGGUCACACCCAUAAAUCUCUAGUUAAUGAUGAAAUCAGUGGUAUAAUUUGCAUCCAACCUUUGGGUCUUUACAGAACUCUGAAAGUGGUUUAUAUAACACAGAGAUGACCCUCCCAUCAGCCCCAGCCAGCAUGGCCAAUGGCCAGGGAUGAUGGGAAUUGUAGAUCUCCUGCAAUAUCUUGUGGGUCACAGAUUCUCCAUCCCUGAUACAGUAAAUAUGUGCAUUGACAUUACAAUCCUGUGUAUGUUUACUCAGAAGUCUCAUUGGGCAGAAUGGGACAUACUCCUAGGGAAGUGGGUCUAUAGGAUUGCACCUAAAAGUAUUACAAUCUUUUAAUAAAGUACGUGUAGUCAUGCUCAAUUCGGUCUGGAAAAUGUUGUUUUAUUGCUUUGGUAUGCAGUACACAUUUCUGUAAUAAUGUGCCAGAUGUUUCUGUGAGUGGGGACACAUUCACACCAUACAUUUAUUCUACCAUUAUUCCACUUUAAACAGUCAUGGCUUCCCCCAGAGAAUCCUAGGAAGUGUAAUUUGUGAAGGGUGCUGAGAAUUGUUUGUAUCCCCUCACAGAGAUACAAAUCACAGAGUGGUUUAACAGUCAACCCCCCUUCCCAGGGUACUCUUCCCAGGGUACUCUGGAAAUUGUAGCUCUUUGAGGGAAUAGGGGUCUCCUAACAACUCUCAGUACCCUUCCUAGGAUUCUUUGGGGGAAACCAUGAGGGUUUAAAGUGGAAUACUGUAAUGGUGGAAUAAAUGUAUGAUGUGAAUGUGGCCUGGAUCUGUCCCAUUCCCCCACUCUUUCAUUCUGAAAUGUUUUACCAGUGUAAUUAGGACUGGUUCCAUCAGAAAUAUGAGUGGGGGAAGGUUUGGAGGAACCUGUGACUUGUCCCUGUUUGGGAAAGGAGAUUUCAAUUCAGAAGAGUUUCUUCCAGUAUGAACCUACUUGCUAAAAUACUAAAUAUAUAAAGACAGUCAUAGAUAAAAGUACAGAGAUACAUAAAUGUAUAACCAUGAUUAGCAGGCAUCGACAACCUUAUCCUCCAAGAAUUUGUCUAAUCUUUUAAAGCCAUCCAAAUUGGUGGUCAUCCCUGCCUCUUGUGAGAGUGGAUCCCAUACUUUAACUGUGCGCUGAGUGAAGUACUUUCUUUUGUCUGUCCUGAA